AUGGCUAAAGUAUUGGAAGGGGGACCAUGGUUGAUCAGGAAAGUGCCGUUGUUUUUAAAUGUCUGGUCUCCGGCUGUCAGCUUAAGGAAAGAGGGUAUUAAGUCAAUUCCGGUAUGGGUAAAGAUGUACAACGUUCCGAUUGCUAUUUAUACGGAUGAUGGCUUGAGUAUGUUGGCUUCUAAGAUAGGUACUCCGAAAAGAUUAGAUGGGUAUACGGCGGAUAUGUGUGCGGAUAACUGGGGAAGGAGCAGUUUUGCAAGGGCUCUAAUUGAAAUAAACGCGGAGAAUGAACUAAAAGACCAUAUCAUUGUUGCUAUUCCGAAACUGGAGGAAGAGGGAUACAUCACAGAAAAGGUGAAGGUGGAGUAUGAAUGGAAGCCUCAGAGAUGCUCUUUGUGUUGUAUCUUUGGACACAACGAUCAAACAUGUGCCAAGAAUGUUCAAAAUAAAGCUAAACAUGUGGUUGUUGAUGAGGAGGGGUUUACUACUGAUAACAGGAAGGUGGCGAGAGUGAGUAUGAUGCAGAAAAGGCAAAAGCAAAAAUUUAUCUACAAACCUAAGAUGAAUAAAUCAGGGCCGAGCGCAUCGGGUACUAAAGAGGGUAAUGUAAACGAUCUAGAAAAUCAAAAGGUGAAGACUCGAAACUCGUUUGAUGUUUUGUCAAAGGGGGAUGGGGAUACGGAAGUUGGUAAUAAAAGUCAGGUUAAUGAGGUUAGAGCUGGUGAAAAAAAAGGUAAUGGCACAAGUUCUCGAGUAGAGGAAGAGGUUGUGGAAACUAUUCCGACUGAAAUGUCUGAGUUUAUGCGACAUGAUCAAUCCUCAUGGAAUAUAAGGGGUUUGAACCGACCCCUAAAACAAAGUGAGGUUCGUGCACUGGUUGCUGAAAAUAUAUUAAAUGUUUGUGCAAUACUUGAGUCUCAUGUGGAUAUCACGAAGCUUGACAAGGUGUGUAAGGGUGUGUUUAGGUCUUGGAGUUGGACGUCUAAUGGAGCCUUAUGUAAUCGCGGUACAAGGAUCAUCUUAGGUUGGAACAUGGAUGUGGUCGAUGUUAUGAUUCUGUCCCAAACGGACCAAGUCAUACAUGCUCAGGUGUUUCCUAAAGCUGAUAAUAAAUCGUUUUUUGUUUCUUUUGUUUAUGCGGAGAACAAAUACCAGGAUAGACGAUCUCUUUGGGAAAAUCUGUGUAUGCACAAGGGGUUGUGCCAUAAUAAGCCGUGGGUUCUAAUGGGGGAUUUCAACACUGCUUUACACGUUGAGGAUUCUUUGUAUGGGCCGUCUACUCACUCGAUUGGUAUGAAGGAGUUCAAUGAAUGUAUUCAAUACACGGAAUUGGUAGAUAUUAAUGGUCACGUGUGA